AUGGCGCGCUAUCUGACACCGUGGAGGAUCUCUCUGCUGUGCCUGAUCACCGUCUACACGGAUGGUGUCGUCCCCAACUCGUCCGCAGUCCAUGUGUUGUCCUUCCUGACGGCGGGUUUGUUUCCUUUAGAUCCCGCCGAUAAGCAAUGGGAGAAGCACUACCUGCCCAGCAUCGCCGAGCUCGAGGAGGUGCUAUCUGGCCACGAGUCUUCGGUUCCAGGACGUAACCUGUGGGAUCUUUUCCUCAAAAAGAUCUGGUCGCUUGACUCGCUCGAUGCACUCGAGGAGUUCUUCAGCGAUGUCCUGCCGUCCCUGUUGAGCAAGACGCGUGAGCAAUUGAUGGAGGACAGAGACAAUGGUCUUGCUCCGGAGGAUGAGGGUAUGCGAUUGUCGCGGAGCUCACCGCUUGGCGCGUUUGUUCGCAGGGCAUACCUUGAAUAUACUCGGCUGCAGUUCUCCGACUCGGUGAAGUUGUGGUCUGGUUUUGUGAAGUAUCGAUUGCCUACAUACCACAUGUGGGCGCGGAGGAAUCCCUCCCAUGAACAGGCCCCUGUCGAUGUCAAUCUUCUGGACUCCAACAGCUACCUUUCUCAGGUGGUAUACGGCAACAUUAAAGACGACGAUGAGGAAGAGGGCGUCGUCAGCGUUAAAGAUGCUGAGCGGCUAGUUGAGUUCCAAGUUGGAGAGUUACAACGACUGGGAGGGAGGGUCCCCGACGAGAUGAGGGCCCAGCUCAAACACAUCAUGACAUCGGAGUCUUCUAUACCGGUGCUUAUGUAUUACCUAGAGUACUUAGAUGCUUGGCGAGCUGGCGACUAUACAUCAGCCUUUGACAACCUCCAUCGGUAUUUCGACUACACCAUGCACAGUAAUCUCGACCGAAGCGCGUAUCAAUUUGCGCUCUUGAAUCUAGCUAUCAUACAGGCAGACUUUGAGUGUUUCAACGAAGCCAUCUCCGCUGUGCAAGAAGCCGUCGCCAUUGCCCGCGAGUCGCAUGACAUGAACUGCCUUAACUUCUGCAUGAGCUGGCUCUAUCAUUUCGGCAAAGCCUUCCCGGAGCAGAUGCGGGAGGUACAGAACAGCGGUAUGCUGGGCAAUGAGAAGGAGGGACUCGCGUUCCUUAAGGCCAAGUCGAAGGAGACUGAUAUGUGGUCCCUCAUGAGCACAACAUUGCUGAGCGAGGCCAAGUUGGAAAUGCAACAGGGAGAGAGCCUUGCCUCCAUUGUCGAGUCAUUCGUGCGAGCAUCGCACGUCAACGUGACCAAGAGUCUCUCCAGCCCCACAGGCGCGUACAUGUUGCUGCAGAGUGUCAUGUAUGCUCGGAUAGGCGCAACUCAUCUUUCAUGGCUAAACACGGAGGUCUUCCGUGAAUGCUACAAGGAGGGCCAGCCCUACGACGACUUUGUCAAGCUCACAUUCCGCAAUUGCCAAAUUCUGGCAGAAAAGGGCAACUACAAGGAAGCUUUCGCUCGCAUGAACAAGAUCGAACCAGAAAGACACCGAGCCUUCAAAUACAACAACGCCUGGACAUACUACUCAGGUCUUCUUCAAUUACGACGACAAAUCUGCCGCGACGACAAAGUAGCAGUCGAGCACAUCCUCUCCCAACUCCAAGCUGUCCAACUCCUCGACUUCGACAUGCGCCUCCUCCUAGCCUUCUACACAAUCGAAUUCACAAUCCGCCAAGGCGACCACGGCCGCGCCCUUAAGAUGGUCGAACAAGCCGCCCACUCAAUGCAACCCGAAAACUUCGACGUCCACGCCCAAAUCCGCCUCUUAUGCCUAAAGGCCCGCAUCCUUGAGAAAUCAGGCCAGCCCCAACGAGGCUUCUCUCUCGCCAUGCGCGCCGCCAACAUAGCCCACCGCUCCAAAGUCCUCUUCGACCUCUGGGAGUCCAUCUGCACUCUAUCCGCCGUCCUGCUCAGCUUGCGCGAGUUCCACGCUGCUGACCAGCUGGUCCAGAGUAUCAUGCCUCAGAUCCUCGAGAGCGAAGACUCAGCAUUAGUCGCGCGAGCAUACUCGCUACUCGUCGACGCGAAUAUGGGCAUUGCCGGUGACUUGUGGGCGCAGCUUGGGAAGGAUAGUGCGCCUGCUAGGAAGGAGUAUGUGAAUCGUGCGCUUGGGUAUAUCGAUUCUGCGUAUUAUGGUUAUGAGGAGAUUGAGGAUAUCCUCGGCCAGACUGAGAUGAUGGCGAAGAAGGCUACAAUUAUGCAUUUGACGGGUGAUCCGGUGCUGGCGAAUGAUUAUGCGGCUAAGUAUCUUGAUCUCAGGAAGAGGCGUGGUGCGGAGGUGUGA